AUGGCUGGAAGCACAGAAGAAGCUCUAAACAUGCUGCAAUCGGAGAAAACUCCCAAACGAUCUUCUGCAACCAUCCGCAAGGAUCUUGCGGAGAAAGCUGCGGCUGAACUCAAGGCCAAGGGAGGAGAGGUUGGAAAGUCGUUUGAGAAGCAACUCAAACGGGCUAGGGAGGAGAACCCUGCCGUUCUCAACAAAAUCAAAAAAUCCACCUCUGCAUCAACUCUUGGCGCCUCAGCCGAGGCUAAGACGAUGCGGAUAUCGGGGCGACUCGAGAAGCUGGAGGCGGAUCUGGAGACGGCCAAACAGCAGGCGUCGGAUGCUGAGACGGCUAAGAAGGCGGCGGAGGAGGCCCAGAAGAAGGCGGAUGAGAGCGCCAAGAAGGCUGAUGAGGCGCUCAAGAAGGCCCAGACGGACCUUGGCACACUUAAAGGUGUUUCCGAAGAGAACACCAAACUGAAGGCCAAGGUUCAAAAGCUGGAGAAGGAGGCUGCUCAGGCUCAGAAGAACUUUGCAGCAACCCUGGAGGCGGAGCAAAACCACCUUGUUGCUGAGAGUGACGCUGACAAUUACGCCCGUAUGAAGAUUGCCUGGGCUGCCUUGUACCUAGACGCGGAUUAUAGCAUCUGGGCAAUGGCGCACAGCUAUGCCGAGUACGUGGUGUACUUGAGAGAACAAGGCGAGCCAGAGCCUGCCUCUUUCGAAGUCUGGGUCAACUCCAACAAUGAGUCGUCCGUGCCUGAGCUUCCUGGUCCUGGUGAAGCGCAAGAGAUACCCUCAGAUGGUGAGGAGGAGGGGGACCAGGAGGCUCCGUCUGCAGGCCAGAAGUGA